AUGUGGGGCGUAAUACUUUUCUGGUGUUUGGCCACUCUGGUUGCCGUUAUUAUUCACUACAAGUGGUCCCAUCGGAAAAUCCUGGCUGCAACUUCGAACAUGAGUAGCCCCCUAGCCCUACCGAUCAUAGGACACACGUAUCUGCUGUACAAAAUCCGAAAAAGUCCUAAUUUUUUCAACGGCCUCAAGGCACUAAUAGACGUUUUCUCAUCGCCAUCGUGUCUACACGUAGGACCGCUAGUUCACAUCAUAGUCUACGAACCGGAACAGCUUCAAACCGUUCUCAACUCCCAGCACUGUAUCAGCAAACCGAUCCAAUACAACUUCUUCCACGUUAAUCGGGGCAUCUUUGCAGCUCCUGUCCCUGUUUUGGUGCCGGAAUGUUGCCAAAGUUCGUACCCAUUUUCAACAAAAAAAGCGUGGAGAUGGUCAAAUUGCUGGAACGUUACCUCGGUAGAGGGGAAUGCGAUAUAUCACUCGAUAUUGGCAAAUGCACAUUGGACACCAUUUAUUGUAGCAACCGCAUGUGGUAUGAAUUUAAAUCUUCAAUCAUCACCGGAUGGAGAAAAACAUCUAAUAGGACAGCACAGAUAUGUGGAAACAAUUUUAAGACGCGUUUUCAAUCCCAUCUUUUAUCCCAACUGUAUCUUCCGAGCGUUUGGUGAUGGGAAACAAUUUACUGAAGCCCACGAGCAGAUGCGAGCCGUAUCGUACAAAGUCAUGGUGGCUAAGAAUUCAGAGAGACCUAAACCUGUUAUCUCUCAAGACAAUGAUGACAUAGAAGGCAAAAAGCAGCAAAUGUUCAUCGACAAACUAUACGAGAUGGUCCGUGAAAACAAAGUGGUCCAUAGAGAGGACAUCAUCGAACACUUGGACACAAUUUCGUUUGCCGGUAAUGAUACCACUUCCACGACUUUGGUCAACUGUUUGCUGAUGCUAGCGAUGUUCCCGGAAGUUCAAGAUCGAGUCUACCAAGAGAUAAUGCUGUCUUGUCCCAUUGAUGAUGUCUCCAUCGAAGACGCCUCUAAACUCAUCUACACGGAGAUGGUCUGCAAAGAAACGAUGAGACUUUUCCCGGUGGGACCAAUGCUGGCUCGUACUGCCACGGCGGACUUUAAACUGGAUGGUAACUAG